GCUCGCCUUGGAGGGGGUAGUCGAAAGGGGUGGGGGCCCCCUCGGCCUUCAGUCCUCAACCAACUUUCAGCCCGGACAGUGUCAUUCCGACCCCGUGAGACCUACGAGUGGCCGCGAGUGUAUGUGCCUCAGUGGAGAGGAUGAGCCCAAUCAAGGGAAGCGACACAAGGACCUGAAUGCGUCUAUACUUGUUCACUCGUGUUUGGAAAUUGACUUUGAGCUGUGCUUCAGAGCCCUGGUAGCGGUCUGAGGUUGCUGAAGAUGGGAUGGAAAGGAAGAGAUGACGGGACCCACGUAGAGCAAUGCAAUCAACACAGUGGAAAAAAUGUGUUAAACACGGAUGGACAUGUGUGGUGGCUUGUUCCUGGCUAAUAGAUGCGCAGACACGCUUCCUGUAGGUGUCUACGGCUGGAUUUGUUUCCCUGGGAUAAUCGUAUCAAACCACGACGAGAUUAAGGUGGCGAUAAAUUCCAGGCCGUUACGAAAUGCUUUCAGGUCGCUCGUAGAGUAUAAAUCCUGCGCGAUAAGUACGAUGUUUCCAGAAGCUAGGAACAAGGCCUUCUUGGUCUCAGAAGAAACGCGAGGAUAAAGGUCUCGUGGGAAUUCUAACCGUCUCCUAUUCAUGGGCAAAGGGUCAGGGGGGAAAGGAAGGUUACCAAAGCUUGCACUGUUUGCCAAGUUUGUCAUCUGCCUCCUGAUGGUAGUAAUGCCUGAAGCAGCGCCAGUGGAGAGCUCAGUCCAGCUCUACAACCAAUGCUCCGAAGGUUUGGUUAAAGUCAGUCCUGCCGGCUUGGUCUACACCGACCGCAAGAACGACGACGGUUUCGUAAACAUGAAAAUGCGAUCUCACAAUCAUAGCGCCAGCUUCACGAUUUUCGCCGUGAACGCGAGGAAGUACAUAUGCCUCAACAAGCGGGGCAAAUUAGUCGGGAGAUCAAGUAUCGAAGAGCUCCGGUUCAGUUGUUACUUCAGAGAAGGUAUAGAAAACAAUUACCAUCAAUUCGUCUCAACGGGCAGUCCCCCGCGUCAGAUUGGCUUUCUGCCGAACGGGAAGCCGUUGAGGAACCCGCCGAAGAAAAAACUCGAGACCCUGCGGGCCAAGGGCUGCUACAACUUCAUCAAGGUGUCCGGCGUCGACGUCGGUGCACACAACAGGCACAUCUCGAAGAACUCUCCGAAAAUCACCGACGCAGCCGCUAAGGAAAUCCUCAAGUAUCACCAGAAGAACAGGCCGUCCAAGAUGACGCCAUCCGUCAGGCAUCACCACAAAAGGCAUAGGAAUCGAACAACAAAAAUGUUGUAAAUAGAUUUAAGAUGAUGAACAGAGCGGUAAACAAUUACGGUAAGACGGAAUAAGAAAUUUCAAAAACCAUCCCACCUCCCAAAAUUGUAAUUUAUAGACGACACACUCGAUUGGAAAAAAACGCUGUUACUGACAAUAAAACCGACACGGUUUCACUAGCAACUCCCUCUCUCCGAAAUCCAAAUUCGGAACUCGGACAAAGGCGACGUUGCCUCUCGAUAGGGGCCGAUCCUGCACAACUCUGCCACUUUCAGCAUUCGGAAUGAAUUCGAUGACAGUAUUAUGAGCGAUUGGGUCCGUCGGUUCUCACUGUAUCACGUCUAGACCACAGACGAAAUCCUGCGGACCUAAUACGUUUUUAAGUUAUGAACCAAACCGCUGAAAUGUUCAAAUGUGUAUACAAAUGUAUAUCUAAUUGUGCCUAAGCAAAACGAUUUAUUUAAUGUAAAGUUCAAAGCUAAAUUUAGUUGCAAUUAAUGAGCAAAUUCAAGAUAAAUUUGACAUUAAAAAAUAUCGCAAUGUAAACAUGCGAUUUUUUUUCAUUUUCUAGCCAAAUAUAAUUUAGUUCUUGUUCAGGAAGAAUCUAUUAAUUCUCUUAUUUAUUAAUUAUUAGAAAAAUUAUGGUACCUUCUAAAAAUUAAGAUAUAAAAUGAACAUUUUUUCGCCGUAAGAAUCAUUUGGAACCUGGGAAAUGACAGAAAAAAAUCCUUUAUUGAUUUCACCAUUUGACUCGUGUUGUUCGAAUUAAAAUUUAUGCCACCGCUAUUUUUUUUUUUUUUUUUUUAAUAAAAAAUUUGCCGUAAGUUACAAAUUUUGAUAUAAAACAUUAAAAUUUCUGAAUUGCUAGAUUCACAUGCUUUUACCAAUCUUUAAGAACUAUCUCUGACCAUUCAAACUAGAAAAAAUAAGUUGAUUUAUUAUUCGUUUCUUCGUCGAAUGCUUGAAGUGGCCGAGUUGAUGUUAAACGGUUCAGUAUUUAUUGCAAGCUUUUUGUGCCGCGGUCCACCCCGACGGCUGGUGUGCUGAUGUACAUAAUCGCAGAUAUUUCAUGAUUUUGUAUUAAGUUAACUUUUGUUUUAUUUUAUUUUUUUAUUCAUUUUGUUUUCUUUUUUUAAUUUAUUUAAAAAUGCAAAUGAGAGAUGUUCGAUGUCGCCUUGGGCUAUUUUGUGUACAAUUUUUGUAUUAUAGAUCAAUUAGUAAUAAUAGAUUUUUAAUGUUGUGUAUAAGAAUACCGUAUGUAAGCAGUGUAAUUGUGCUGAUUGUUAUAACUAUUUAUUAUGUGUGUUUUGGUAAUAGAUCCAAUACAAUGUUAGCGUUAAAUAUCUCGUGCUCGGCAGAAAUAAAUGGGCCCUCUUACUUGGAAUUUUAUUCCGGCCGAUACGACUCAAUGGAAAUUUAGUGACACAGCUUGAAAAUUUCGGUGUUUUUUAAACAACAAUAAUAACAUAAUGAAAGUGUUCGAUUCAAACAUUGGUCCAAAAAGCUUAAGAAUGAAGCUGUUUGAAGAAUGUUAACUAUUUUGAUGUGUUCCCAGUUCUAGGUUAGAAAAAUUGAUUGUAAGGAAAUGGAGUGUAAAUAAAGUAAUUUUGGAAAAAAAAUGUAAAGGCUUGCAGUAUUAUGGCAGUUUAUAUUAAAAAUUAAUUUAAAAAAAUUAAUUCAUCGAACAAAAAGAGAUGUUUUUCUAGAAAUUAAAUAAAUAUUUAAAAAAACACAAUAAACUACGCACUCCUUUUAGUCACCGCAUUUCACCUAUAUGUAUUAGCAGCAGGGCAGAUUUUCACUGGUUGAAAGUAAUUUAAAAAACGAGAGAGGUUGGAAAAAAGUUUACAAAGUCACGAAUCACAAAUAUGUAACAUAUGAUUACCAAAAUAGACUGAUCUGCAUAUAUGUUAAGUAUUGUAUAUUAGCUAGCUGCUAUUAUGUAUUGACAAUUUAAGUAUUUGUGAAUAUUAGUGUAGAUUUGAUCAUUUGCGUUAGAAUCUUUUUGUAUAAACAUUUUAUUUAUACAUGUCCAUUGUAAUAAUAAUCUAGGCGUAAGGUCGAGUCAUCAGUUGACCGCACAUUAACCCUGUUUUAAGUUUUUAUUUUAAUAUAAUUUUUUUGUACAGUUUCCUCUUUUUGUAUUUUAUUUUUUUGUUUUUUAAAGCUAUUAAGCAGCGAGUACAGCUAUGAAUGUAUUUUGCUCCUAACAGUAUUAUAAAAUAAACUAAUAAUAAAUA